CAUACACAAAAAUUCUACUUUUCACGUAUCCACCCUAAGAAAGAAGUUAGAUGAUUGAUCCUCUUAAAUGCAACUGUAAUCUUAAGAUGGCGCUUCGAUUCAUAGUGAACAAGCAUAUACUUGAGAAAAAUCUCGAGAGGAGAUAUAAGAGAGUCUCAAGUCUCAAGACUUAAGAUUUUCUUAUUAAUUAUAAAUUCAGUCGUUUAAGAUUGUCUUUAACAUAUAUGCUGUUAAAUAAGUUUCGUCAAGCGUGGUCAAAGAUGAUUUAAGCAGAAGUGAAUACGAGGUUCAUAGCAUUACCAGCAACUUGUGGGAAAAAUGAAAACAAUCAGAAGGAAAAAUUUAUGUAAAUAAGAAGUAUGCUACACAAUGAAAGGAUUGAACUCAAGAUCAAGAGACUGGAAUGGAUGAACCACUAGUGCCAGAUGACUGGGAAAUAUGAUUAACAGAAGAUGAGUUUUUCCGAGUGAUGAGAGCGCAUUAUCAAAUUAUGGCCGAAGCUGAGAGAUUUAAUUCAAUUAUUUGUGAGUCACGUGCAAGUCUCAAUUACAUUAGUUCGAAGAUAUCUGAAGGAAUGGAUCAGAUGAAGGAAGAUAUUGCCAAAGAAUUAUUCAUUACCGAUCAUUUAACGAAACUUAAUUCGAAAGUAGGCCUGCUACUGCAACGUUAUUCCGAAUUGGAAGAAGGAUUGAUUGAGCUAGUAAGAAUGAAUCAUAAUAUGAAGAGUGUGCGGAUUGAAACUCCAAUUGACAUCAACGAGGAAGUCAAGUGCAUCCUUACGGCGGCAAAAAAAAAUCAAUCGCAGCAGCAGCAACAGUCAGAUCAUCCUCGAACACCGACGAAGUUGCGGACAUCAACAAAUACUUUUACAGGAGCGAAGGAUCCUCAGCCGCAUAAUUUCAUUAUGAGUUCGAAGUUCCUUACAUCGCAAUCAUAUGAUACCGAUAUCUCAAAUGUAACAUUUGAGAGACAAGAAAGACGUACGCCUGCAUAUCCGGAAGUUCAGCUAUUGAACGAUCCAAGACCAGCAGUUGAUACAAAAGCCAUUGGUUUUCGACCAUCUUGGAAAUACGAAACUUAAGAUAAAUAUGUCAGAUAAAAAAACAUGUUUUGUAUCUUUUUUGACCUAUUCUUUUUCUAAUAAUUGUUAUUGUUUAUGAAAGUACAGAAAAAAUUGUGACUGUGGAAUAAGAUAAAUGAAUACAUUUCUGUGUUUGCCAAG